AUGACCGUAGACCCCCCAGCUCUCAUUGAUGAUGCACCCGCCGAAAUCGACCAGGCGCUUACGGAGCUGGAGGCCAAGAAGAAAACAUGGGCUAACCUUGCAUUAUCACAAAAAAUCGCCCUCCUUGACGCGGUUCGUGUACGACUGCUUGACAAGAUGAACGAGUUAGCCCGCCUCGGGGCCGAGGUCAAAGCCAGCACCGACGAGCACGUCAUCAUGGGGGAGAUGUUGGUGGCGGUUAUGGCCCCCGCCGUCUACAUACACAAGCUCCUACACACGCUGAGAGCUCUGGCCGCCACUGGAAAGGCACCCAAACUGCCUGUACGGAUAACACAAAGCGGCCAACGUGCCGUACAGGUCUUCCCCGUCUCUUGGUCCGACCGGCACAACCUUGUAUACCCGGGGGUGACUGCGGAGCUGGUGCUACGGCCUGAAGUACGGGACGUACGGCAGGCGGAGCUGUACGACGCUAAGGGCCGUGUUAAGGGGGGCAGGGAGGGUCUCUGCGCUGUGCUGGGCGCUGGAAACCAUGUGAGUGGUGUAUUCCGAGUGCAGGGCUUCCUGACCCUGAAGGACGUGUUGGUGUGUUUGUACGAGCGGGGCCAGGUGGUGGCUGUGAAGCCCCACCCUCUGUGGUUCGAGUGGCACCGGGUCGCGGACUACGUACUACAGCCGCUCAUUCGGGCCGGUUUCGUGCAGUCGCUCUACCUGCCAGAUGUGGACUCCACUCGCAGCCUGGUCUACAGCACCAAGCUGGACUGUGUGCACCUGACAGGCGGCAUCGCCACACAUGAUGCCAUCGUCUGGGGCUCCACGGUUGAGGAGCAGCAGCGCCGCCGCCAGGCCAACGACCCGCUGCUCAAGGUGCCCAUCACCAGCGAGCUGGGCUGUGUGACUCCCUUCAUCCUACCCGGCUGGGACUACACCCCCGCGCAGCUUAGAGUGCAGGCGGAGAACCUCGUGCUGGCUGUAGCCGCCAACUGCGGCUGCAACUGCAACAGCGCCAAGGUGUUGCUAAUGCCGGCGGACUGGAACCAGGGGGAGGCGUUCCUGGAGAAUGUACGGACCGUACUGCGGGGCAUGCCGAUGGACCCGCCAUUCUACCCAGGCAUCCAGAAACGCCACUCCGCAGCCCCUCCAUCCGGGGAUGGCGCUGCAUUGAAUACACCACGAAGGGCUCUCAGGUCCCGCUAGAGCGAGUCCACAAGUCUCAGCUAGGGCAAAGUCAAAGGCUCUCUGAAACAACCCCCCAAAACACCACCAACGAAAACGGGAUUCGAAGGGAAAACAGCAAACAAACAAAAAUACGGUUAAGGCAGGGGAGGGCUCCUGAUAUACCUAACAGGCCAACAAAAAAACCUCCAAGAGAGAAAGGCUAAGAGAGCUCGACACCACAAGACGUCUUGCAACCACCUUAAAACAACUGACCUCCACCACCUGUCCCUUCCUGGGCUGGUCCAGAGGAGAAGUAGCCAUACAAAGGAAAGGGACCACGCACAAGCCCGAUCACCACUGCAGGAGCCCGGGAUAGACCAGCGAAACCACAAAAGCGUUAGCGUUGCCACGACACACAGCUCCUAGACCCUCCAGAAAACCGCAGGGGGAGGAUUGUAGCCCGCGCGGCGCCUCCCCCUUACCGCCACUAACCUGAACGGUUGGUCCUCCAGAAACCUAUUCACCCUGUCUCGUACUGCACCGCUCUCACCCUCGUCCCUCACCAAGCAACCCAGUCCCACAGAGAAGACGUGCCUAAGUAGAAUGGCCCUCCUCGGGCCACACCUCCCCCUCAUCCGAGCCCCGCUACCACCACCAGACCUCAACCUCCCAAACACCAGAAAACCUACGUCCUUUUGGCGCUCUCACCGCCAUUUCCCCCCUCCCCUGUCCGAGCGACCCCACCUCCCCCCGGCUCUCCAGGGCGACCCUACAACCUCGGAGCGGCACUAGGGAAGAAAAAGGGUUCUUCCCUGCACUACGUGACCGCCUCCAUUCCCCGUCCUUCUCCUCUCCCUCUCCCGUCUCGGGGUUCCCUCUCACCUAUUCCCUUGUCCUCCAACCCCCAUCCGCCUCGAACUCCUAUACCCCCCCGAGCCCUGCCUUACAAACUAAGCUCAAAGCGCUCUUAGGCAAUAAUU